AGAAGGAGCCGGCGGCGGCCCGCCAUGGCCGAGUCCCCGGAGGAGGUGGCGGUGCUGGUGCAGCGCGUGCUGAAGGAUCUGCACAACGCCUUCAAGCGCAACCCGCACAUAGAUGAAAUUGGAUUAAUUCCCUGUCCUGAAGCCAGAUAUAACCGGAGCCCUAUAGUUCUGGUGGAAAACAAACUUGGGGUGGAAAGCUGGUGUGUCAAGUUUCUUUUGCCCUACGUCCAUAACAAGCUCCUUCACUACAGACAAAGAAAGCAAUGGCUCAACAAAGAAGAGCUGAUAGAUAUCACCUGUACGUUGCUGCUAUUGAACCCAGAUUUCACUACUGCAUGGAAUGUCAGGAAAGAAUUAAUAGUAUCUGGCACUUUAAAUCCAGUGAAAGAUUUACGUCUUGGGAAACUGGCACUAACUAAGUUUCCGAAGAGUCCAGAAACGUGGAUUCACAGACGCUGGGUGCUGCAACAACUAAUUCAGGAAAACUCCUUGCCCACUCUCGUGAAUAAAGGGAAUUUGGAAACAGCUCCCAUGGAAAGGAUUCAGCGGCUAGUGAAAGAAGAAAUGGAUGUUUGCUGUGAAGCUGCUGGGAGAUAUCCAAGUAAUUAUAACGCCUGGUCCCAUCGCGCCUGGGUCUUGCAGCACUUGGCCAAGCUCAGUGGAAAGAUUCUUCUAGAUGAACUUUCUUCCACUAAGCACUGGGUCUCCAUGCAUGUUUCAGACCAUAGUGGAUUCCACUACCGCCAGUUUUUAUUAAAAUCUUUGAUUGGCAGAACUGAGACUGAGUGUACUGUAGAAAUGCACAAUUCACCAGCCAAUCAGCAAGCACCUAGGCUUCUAAAAGAUGAAGAAAAUGAUGAAGCAGAAGCUACCUGUGUGGAAGAACAACCAGAUCUCCCACUUCUUCUAAAUGAAGAAGUAGAGCUCUGCACUGAUUUAAUUAAUACUUACCCGGGGCAUGAAACCCUGUGGUGUCACAGACGGCGUGUGUUCUAUCUUCAGCACCACUUAAAAAACAAACUUCCACUUCCAAGUGUCUGGUCAGCAGCUGCAGACAAGAGUGAUGGCCUGUUGAACAGCUCACACCCUGGUGCUGCAUUUGGUCAUGUGAGCCAAGCCAUGGACGUGGACGGCCUGCUGGAAUCCAGCAGACAAGGCUACACUCAAGAAACCAAGCGCCUGAAACGUGCUCCUGUGCAGGACUCUAUCAGUCUCGAAGCAGAAUACAGGUUCAUCGAUCAGGUUUUAUCAACAUGUAGGGAUGUAGAGCAGGCAAGGUUUGCUGGGGCAUACAGAAAAUGGCUGGUUUCCUUUCUAGGUCAGUGAAGAAAGAGAUUUUAAUAACAAUAAUAAUAAUAAUAAACAACAUGCAGGGUCCUUUGUUUAGUGCAAUAUUCUCUUUUCAAACAUUGGUGCUUGUAGUGGCACCUGGAACUUUUCAUCCUUUUUUUUGUUGUCUGUGCUAAACAUCCUUUCCAGAUGAUGGCUUUCACUUAUAUAUAUAUAUUUUAAGCACCCUGGUGUUGAUCAAUAAAAUGUUUUUUUCCUGAGUUUAUGUUACAUGUAGGGUGACUCCAUAUCACAAACUCAUUAAUUAUAGUUUUUU